UAUGAUGGACAGACAGUUGGAUGGAAGCUCGUGUGUAACUACCACAACAUAGCUCUUGCUCCAGUAUACUUGGAUUUGAAAGCAAUUCUUUUUGCAUUGGGAAAUCUUGUUGGAAAUACUUUGGAAAUAUCGAUACAGGAUCUAAUUAACAAAUAAUUGUGUUUGUAUUGGAAACGUUGAGUCCUCUUGACUGCAGAUGAAUGCUGCAUACAUUGCUGCCAUACUUGUAUUGCAGUGUUAACAGUAAAAUCGUUUGUGCUGCCCAUUUACCUAUAAGGGUUGUUUUUAUCUGUCAGAAAACCCGAGGAGCUUGUAUUGCAAAGCCUUGGAAAAGUUAUUAAGAGCAGCCUGAACUUUAUGAAGCUGGUGAAUUGACUAUCACCCUGAAGUUUUAAACAUUUUAAAUUUAAACUUUUGAAGAGGAAAUCUCAUUUCCACUGAAAAUUGGUGGCAGAACAUCCUGUUGGACUUGGAAGAGGAAUACUAUUUCAGAAAAGGAUUCUAAGGUGAUAACUGGCGAUGAAGGUUUCAAAGAAUGGAUUAAGUCGUUUCCAGAAGGAGUUCUCUUCUGAAGACAAAGAUAUUGCGAAGAAAACAAAGAAUAUUGACACAAAUCUAUUUGCUGUGCUUCCUAAAGUAUCUGAACUUCGAAAGCUUUUUGAAGCUGGGCAAAAAUCUUCUGUGGAAAUGAACAGAAAAGAGAGAAUUGCAAGACGUUUGGAAGGAAUUGGAAGUGAAACACAGCCAGUGUUGCUACAAAAUUGUCCUGGAUUAGUUACUCAUCGUCUACUGGAGGAAGAUACUCCUAGAUACACACGAGCUUCCGAUGCUUGCAGUCCACCUUUGGGUAGAAGAUCGGAUAAGGAAGGCUCAGAUCAUCUUACUGAAGACCUUUAUUCAGAAAGGCAGUCAAGACCUCGGUGCCGAGGAGAGGUUAGACACAUGAACGUUGAAUCCCCUUGCAUCGCCGGUGUGAAUCUUGAAGCAUUAGAUGCAAAAGCAGAGAGGAUAGCCAAAUACAAAGCUGAGAGGAGGCGACAGCUGGCUGAGAAAUAUGGAAUUGCCUUGGAUCCUGAAAAUGAUGGGAGCAUUGCAUCCAAAUACUCAAGACCAAGAAAGGAAAUUGAUCUAACUGAACAAGUGCCAUCACCGACUGAAAAAGUUUACAGCAGUGGCUUAACAAAGUUGCAAAGUUCCAGGGAUCAAAUAGUUGAUGAAGCAGGAAGCCUGUCAGCUGGUGUACCUACGGAAAAAUUCUCCUCGGAUGGCAAUAGUUUCAAAGAAAGAGAAACUCUGCUGAAUGAAGAAAAUCAGAAAAAAGCACUUGAGAUUAGUGCCAAAGGAAAAAAUUUGGAACCUUCAAAUAGCAAGGAUUCUACUGUGACUGACGUGCCAGACUCCCCACCAUCUCCUUGGAAAGUUUCACUUGUAUCACCGAAGCAGUUCUCAGAAUCGUUUAACUCAGUUAGUGAGCAAUCCCAAAGCUUGCAGAGUAAACAAGGCAACACAUUGAAAGUAAAGAAUGAAUGGUUCCUACAGAGAGAUUCCAAUGGCGAGACACCUUCCCUCAUCAACUGGCCUUCCAGAGUAAAAGUUAGAGAAAGAAUGUUGAAAGAGGAAGGGAUUCGAAGCAGCCCGGAAAUAGUGAAAGGCAUCGUUCAAGGAAGAACUCAGCAAACGCCCGUGCAUUAUAUCUCCCUUGUGUCGGAAUCUCCAACAGUUAGUAAGCCGAUGGCAGCUCACCAGGCACUACUUCCGCCAACCAACCCUGUAGACUGUGCCAACAUAAUGACAACAAAGUACAAAACCAGCAAAGUUGGUAAUCUUGUACCAAGCAGCAUUAACUUUUCAGCAAAAGCUGAUGAGGCAGAUAUCACGGAACUCGGAAGAUCUGCUCAGAGUUCUGAACAAAACAUGGAUGAGUCUGCUGGCACCAGGGACUUACUGAAAAGCUAUAAAGCAGUAUUACCUUCUCAGAUUCGCAAGCAUGAAAAGGUUCUUGAAGAUACUGUCAGUGGCACAAGAGUUGUACAUUCACACACAUACAUGGGAAGAAAAGAUGAAAAGUCAAACAUUCAGAAGCCAAUUUUUCACAAAGCCAUCAGUAUUGUGCCAGAAAAAUCUGACGGACCAGAAUCUUGUCUUCAGGCACCAUCUGCGAUAGACUGGAUUAAACCUAUUGAUGCUAAUCAGAGAAGUGAGAAAUCCUUGUACAUUCAGAAAAAGGCUGUGGCGAAUUCUCUUACAGAUAUUGAAGGAGGAAAAGCCCAAUCCAGGAAGCUGUCCAUUGAGAAACAUCAUUUGAUAGAGCCACAUAUAGAGGUUCCAAACAGCGUAGGACUUCAGAGUGCCAGUGCCAGUGGAGAUGCUGGUAUUGUUGACACAAGGGUGUCGGUUGCCAAACUUCGAAGUGCCUUUCUGGAGACGGCCAAAGCCAGCAGAAGUCAGGACCUUGCAGCUAAUGUUGACUUAAUGACAUCGGGCCUUGAUUUGGCCACCCCUGCUGAAAUGGAGAAGGCCCAUCGUAGGCCAAGACGUUACAUUACCUUUGGUGAGAAUAGGAAGACCUCAGAGAGGUUUAGAACACAGCCUAUAACCACAACAGAGCGGCAAGAGACAGCUAGGCCAGGGCAUAUUGCACAAAUGGAAGCUACUGAAGAUGAAGAAAAACUAGAUGAACGAGCAAAGAUGAGUGUGUCUGCAAAGAGAUCACUUUUCCGUGAAAUGGAAAGAGCAACAAAAACAAUGGAAACUUCUCUGGCUCCCAAGCCUCGGUCCAGGAAUUCAGCCGUGGAAAGACGAUUGCGUCGCAUGCAAGAUCGUUCUCGUACGCAGCCUGUCACAACUGAAGAAGUAGUCAUUGCAUCCAGUGAAAUUUCUCAUUUGUGUCAACGACCAACACAGCCCGAAGACGUCCUGGGGGCGCCCCCCAAACCCACCCCUGUCUCUCCUACGGUGACUGUCCACACAGUCAUGGCGAGAACCACUAGCCCCACUGUAGUAAACUCCAAUUCACAGCCAAUCAGACUACAAGCAUCAGCGCAGAAUACUGCGGGAGAGCAUAAGGGGAGCGAAGCCAAAGAAUUGACAGAACAAGGUCAGCAUGAAGAGCCAGACAUCUCCACACUGAGUCUGGCAGAAAAGAUGGCCCUGUUCAAUCGCCUUUCACAGCCUGUGAUCAAAGUAAAAGCACCAAGGAAUAGAAGUGAUACCAGACAGAGACGGUCAAAUGCCCGGUAUCAGACUCAACCAAUUACACUGGGUGAAGUUGAAGAGGUGCAAAAUGGCAGUGGAAUGACGAGACCCCUGUCACAGUCUCUGGUGAAGACAAUGGCCAGUCAGACUGCCACCGUCUCCACAAGCUGUGCUGGUGACCUACACCUUGGAAAGUCUACCACGACUGAGGACAGUUUGUAUGUCACCCACCUGUCUGCAGCAAAAUCCAUUCUUUCUCCCCAGGACAUUUCAUGUAGAAGUGCAUUUCCAUCGGAACUGGCGCUCUCGUCCCAGGGAAAGGCAUACGGACCCAGUGGAGCGUUCAGAGAAGGUGCUGAAGAGGACUACAAGCAUGAAGAAAAGCAAGAGGAGCUGCAAUGGAGAAGCAAAUACAGCGAUACCUUUACGGAAACUCUGCCUCAGAAAGUCGCUGGGAGCAAUAUGAGUAGUAACUAUGGGACGCCUGGAAGACAGGGUGGAGAGCAGCUGGGUGCAGAAACCAUGCUACAGACAGCUGAAUGGAAAGAUCCCAUGAAAUCAGAAAACUUAGAUGACGCCUGGGAACCUGCAGAAAAAUGCUUUGAUGAGCACAUAAAAAACCAGGGACCUAUGACAGAGUGUGUGGAACAUGCUUCUGAAAUGAAAACAGGAUCUGCUACAACGUUAACUGCAUUACAAGUUUCUGCUGUAACAUCGUCCAGACAUAGUUCAUAUCUGCAGCCAGCCACGCAAACAGAAAGUAAAGUGCCUUAUGAUCAGUCAGAACCAAUUUCUGCUGAAGCCAGCCGCGUUGACAAAAGUGAGGAGAUCUCAGAUCUCACUACUGGAAAAGCAAUGUCCAUAAAAGAAAGGAUGGCUUUGCUGAAGAAAAGUGGAGAAGAGGACUGGAGGAGCAGAAUUAACAAGAAGAAAGACAGUAGCAAAAUGACCAUGAUCAGCCGCUAUUCUCAGUAUCAGGAAACAGAGCAAACUUAUAUCAAAAAGGAGCAAGCAGACCUUACUGAUGACAGCUGUGUUUCUAAUCAGCUCUGGGAACCUGUUUAUUCUUCUACUUAUUCUCCUGCACUUUCUGCUGCCCAUAAAUGUCAGUACGUUAUGCAUAGUAACCAGGUCAUUUCUGGUAGUCCCAGAGAAGCAAGUCCUCAACUAUUUGAUGAACGCCAUCCUUGGAGGUGGAAGAGAGUGACAGGUGAAGUGGAAGCACAAAUGACAAUUGAAGAAAGGAAGCAGCUUAUAACAGCACGGGAAGAAGCCUGGAAGACACGGGGUAGAGGAGCGUGCAAUGAUUCCUCUCAAUUUACUGUAGCUGGAAGGAUGGUAAAGAAAGGCUUGGCAUCACCAACAUUCAUGAGUCCCCUGUCUUCACCUCUUUCAUCCAAGAUAAAGAACAGUACACCAGUCAUUUCCAAGCCACAUGAAGAAAUUGAGGUCAGACCUGAUUUGCACUUGGAAAGUGACAGGAAGCUUGAUAAAUUGGAGUCAUUCCUGGGUAAACUGCAGAACAGAAUACCAGGACAUCAGGAUGCUGUCAUAACUGUAACUGGACAAUCGGUGAAGGAAGUAAUGAGACCUGAUGAUGAAGAAACCUUUGCAAGGUUCUACAGACAUGCAAACACACUUGUCAUUCAACCAGGAGCUGUGGAGAUCGACGAGGAGGAUCUUGAUGCCAUCUUUGAUCCCAAUGUACCAAAGCUGACCUCUGCAGUAGCAGAACACAAGCGGGCUAUGAAACCUGCACGAAAAGUUCAGUCUUCACGUAAUCCACUUAAAAUGCUUGCUGCUAGAGAUGACAUCCGUCAAGAGUAUACAGAGCAGCGUUUGAACAUUGCAUUUAUGGAGUCAAAGAGAAUAAGAGUAGAAAAAAUGUCAAAAAACUCUAACUUUUCGGAAAUGGCAUUAGCUGGGCUGGCCAGCAAAGAGGAUUUCAGCAGCGUCAACCUCCGAAACGUGAAUUCAACAGAACAAGUGUCAAACAACAGUGCUGUGCCAUACAAAAAGCUGAUGUUGCUGCAAAUUAAAGGUCGGAGGCAUAUCCAAACCAGACUAGUGGAACCAAGGGCAUCGUCGCUGAAUAGUGGGGACUGUUUCUUGCUGCUAGCUCCUCAGCACUGCUUCCUGUGGACAGGAGAAUUUACCAAUGUGAUUGAGAAAGCUAAGGCUUCGGAGCUGGCAUCGUUUAUUCAGACUAAGAGGGAUCUUGGUUGCAGAGCACCAUAUGUGGCUACUAUAGAAGAAGGAAUUAACACCCAUACAAAAACAGCCAAAGAAUUCUGGAGACUCUUAGGUGGUCAGUCAAGCUACCAAGGAGCAGGAAAUCCUGAUGAAGAUGAACUGUAUGAAAGUGCAAUAGUAGAAACCAAUUGUAUUUAUCGUCUAGUAGGUGAUAAGCUUGUCCCCGAUGAUGACUUCUGGGGGAAAAUACCACGUUGUUCUUUGCUUAAUUCGAAAGAUGUGCUGGUGUUCGAUUUUGGCAGUGAAGUGUACGUGUGGCAUGGGAAAGCAGUCACACUGGCACAACGAAAGGUGGCAUUCCAGUUGGCAAAGCAUUUGUGGAAUGGAACCUUUGAUUACACAAACUGUGACAUCAACCCUCUAGAUCCAGGCGAAUGCAAUCCUCUGAUACCAAGAAAAGGUCAAGGUCGUCCUGAUUGGGCCAUUUUUGGCAGGCUGACCGAGCACAAUGAAACUAUUUUGUUUAAGGAAAAGUUUCUGGACUGGGUGGACUUAAAGAAGCCCUCACCAAAAUCUGCAGCUGAAGAGGAGCACAAGCAGGACCAUGGCGUUGACCUUAAACCAUAUGACGUCUCUUUGAUGAUUCCUCUGUCACCAGUCCCAGUUGGAACGUCACUGGAUGGGCUGAAUAUUGGGCGCGGUUAUGGAGUUGUAGAGGGCGAAGAUGGAAGGCAGUUUGAGAUCACUAAUCUCUCAGUUGAUGUGUGGCACAUACUUGAGUAUGACUACAGCAGAUUACCCAAGCAGAGCAUUGGACAGUUUCAUGAAGGAGACACAUACGUGGUGAAAUGGAAGUACCUGGUGAGCACCACAGUUGGCAAAAGGCAGAAAUCAGAACUUGUACGAAACACCGCAGUUGGAAAGGAGAAAUGUGCGUACUUCUUCUGGCAAGGCCGUCACUCAACUGUGAAUGAGAAAGGGACUUCUGCUCUGAUGACUGUUGAGUUGGAUGAGGAACGGGGAGCACAGGUACAGGUUCUUCAGGGGAAAGAACCACCCUGUUUCCUGCAACUCUUUCGGGGAGGAAUGGUUGUGCAUGCUGGUAAAAGAGAAGAGGAAGAAGAAAGUUCACAAAGUGACUGGCGGUUGUACUGUGUGCGGGGAGAGCUUCCAAUGGAAGGGAAUCUGCUUGAAGUCGCUUGUCAUUGCAGCAGCCUGAGAUCCAGGACCUCGAUGAUUCUGCUGAAUGUCACCAAGGCAGUCAUCUAUCUAUGGCACGGCUGUAAAGCACAACCACACACGAAGGAAGUAGGCAGGACUGAAGCAAGCAAAAUCAAAGAACUAUGCCCACUGGAGGCAGGACUGCACAGUAGUAGCAAUGUUACUAUACAUGAAUGUGACGAAGGGUCGGAGGCUGCGGCGUUCUUUGAAGCUUUGGGCAGGAGAGAUCGAAAAGCCUACGACUGCAUGCUGCAAGAUCCCGGAAAAUUCAACUUUACUCCUCGACUCUUUCUCCUCAGUAGUUCAUCUGGAGAAUUCAUUGCCACUGAGUACUUGUAUCCUGCCAGAAAUCCUGAUAUGGUAAAUUCAAUGCCGUUUUUGCAAGAAGAUCUUUAUACUGCUCCACAGCCAGCGUUGUUCCUGGUGGACAAUCACCACGAGGUGUACCUCUGGCAGGGCUGGUGGCCGACAGAAAAUGAAAUUACAGGGUCUGCCCGGAUCCGUUGGGACUCAGAUCGGAAAUGUGCAAUGGAGACAGUGUUACAAUACUGCAAAGCAAAGAAUCCCAAGAAGCCACCAAAGUCCUACCUGAUACAUGCGGGUUUUGAACCACUGACGUUUACCAAUAUGUUUCCCAGCUGGGAACACAGGGAAGACGUUGCAGAGAUCACAGAAAAGGAAGCUGAAGUCUGCAAUAAAAUAAUUUUGGUGGAGGAUGUACUGCAUAAGUUGUGUCAGACACAGUAUCCCCUAGCAGAACUGCAAGCCCGCCCUCUGCCAGAGGGGGUUGAUCCACUAAAACUUGAAAUUUACCUUACUGAUGAAGACUUCCAGAAAGCACUCGAAAUGACAAGAGAAGAGUUUAGUGUCCUGCCCUCCUGGAAACAAGUUAAACUGAAGAAAGAAAAAGGACUGUUUUGAGCAAUUUGUUGUACUGAACAUUUUAUUUUUGGAAACGCAACAUGCUUAAUAAUGGAGACUUCGCAGAAGAUCAUUUUGACAUCUGUGGUUUGGUCAGUGGAACACAGUAAACAAAGAAAUUGCACAUUCAGGGCAGUGAUGCCUUUUUUGUGGGGCGGGGAGGGAUUGGGGGCAAUCUCAUCCGUUUCUGCAUGUUGAGGGGGGCUGUAUGGGUUUUAACAGUGUUGACAUAAUGAGAUAGUGCUGUCAUAUGCAUUUGACCUCAAAAUGCACUUAUGAGCAACGGAUGCUAUUCAGCUAUGUCCUGCCUAUAUAUCUUGAAGGCAAUAUAUUUUGUAAAGUGUUACUUUGUGUGUAGCAGAUAGUAAAUCAUAAAGAGUUUAUAUUUAUAUAAUACAACAUGAAAAGUGACUACAGUUUAAUGACUAAAUAUUUAAUUGUUAAUGACAUUAUAUUCAUUCUAGAAGACAUUUGCAUUAACCAGAAAUUACAAUAGCUAGUUGGAACAAGAUAAUGCCACAAGCAAGUGUUUUUUUUUUGCAUCCUGAUAAUCAUGCUGUUGACUUUGGGCAGUGAAAUAUGCCCUCAGUACUGUUAUGGACAAUGUGUAUUUAUGGUAUGAAGUAAUGGGAAAACUGCGCAAAUCAAGUAACUUUUUAUGUGAAUCUAUGAAAUGUAUAGUGCCUUGCUGUUGUGUACAGUUUAUACUACAUAGCAGAUGUCUGAAUUUUGAUGGAAGCAGGUGUUUAGAAGGAACUCCCUCAUUCAGUUAACUUGUAAUGCUGGAGAUUUAAACAUCUCUAUUUCUAAUAUUCAUCAGCCUAACAAACUUCUUUGUGAUACAGUUUAGAAAAAUAAAAGUUGACGAAUGGAUUUGUAUUCCCUGGGUAUGUUUCCUUCGCACCUUUAUAUCAGAACAGUUGACAAGUGAAGCCAGCUUGAGUCCUUUGAUGCAGUUGAAUACUGUCAUCAGUAGCACUCUAUUUCUCUCUCCCAUGAUUAUAUAGGAGCUAACACCAACUUAGCCUUGCUUGGUGGCUUUGGUGAAAUACCCCUGGCACACGGUUCCAAUAUCAGAGGCAAACUUUGCCUUCAAAAGUCAAUAAGCUUGGAAAGUGGUCAUGAGUUUUGAGAAGACUAUGAGAGAAGCAAAGCAGUUACUUCAAAAACUCCAGGGAGACUUCUAAAUUGGGAGCACAUGCAAAACUGCAGAUGCUGGAAUCAGCAGCAGGAGGAACUGAGCAGGUCAGGCAGAAACUGGGAGGUGAUAGGUGGUAGUCACAAGGGAUGAAGAAUCCAAUCGGUGUUGUCAUCCCCAUCAUCUGAAUCCACCUGUCGUCUGGCUAGCUCUUGCUCCACCCUUUUAUCCCCUCUAUCUUUAAGUCCCGCUGAAGGGUCCUGACCCAAAACACACAGACUAUCCAUUUCCUUCCACAGAUGCUGGCUGACCAGUUCAGUUCCUCCAGCUGUUUGUGUGCUGUUCUAAAUUGGAAAUUAGAGUCGCAGGGUCAUAGAUUUAUACAACACAGAAACAAACCCUUUAGCCCUUCAAAGCCAUACCGACUAUCAAGCUUCCAUCUUCAUGCUAAACCUACUGGAACCAAUUUUAUUCUUCUAAAUCUCGUCAGUUGUCCCACAAAUUCUACCGCUCACCUACGUACCAGAGGAAAUUUAAACUGGCCAAUUAAGGCAACAAUCCACACAUUUUGUUUUUAAGAUGUAGGAGCUGGUGGUGUAGUGGCAUCAGCACUGGACUUCAAGGCAGAUGGUCGUGAGUUCAAACCCAGCCGGGUCCCAACCUGGGCAGCAGCGGUAUCUGUGCGGAAGAAAGGCCUGACAAUCUACUUCCAUAUCUUGCCAUGAAAACCCUAUGGUCCAUGAGGUCAUGAAGAGCCAGACUCGACUGAACAACAACAAGGAGGAAGGCGGAGACGACCUACGUGAUCACAGGCAGGUUGGUGCUGUCUGUGUGGAGUUUGCAGAAGGUCAGAAUUGAAUUCAUGUCUCCCACCCAGUGAGGCAACAACUCUACUACUACACUACUCGGCCAUUCCAGUGGUACAAGAGGUAGAAAAGAAUUGUCUGAAAGGUCUGCUGCAAAAAUUAACUAUAGAAUCAAGAAAAUCUCUUUAAGGGAAAUGUCCAAUAAGUCUCCUUUCCCCCCCUUUCAGCUAUUUACCCAAUUUCCUGUCAAUAGCUAUUCUUUGAACCAGUUUGCAACACCCUCCCAUGCAUUAUAUUCCAAAUCAAUUCAGCAUGUGCAAAAUAGAAAAUUUCUCACCUCCUACUUGAUUUUUCUGCUAGUCACCUCAAUUAUUCUUGCUCUGUCAAAGUACCCAUGUUACUGGGUUUUUGUGGUACUUUUAGACGCUGAGUUCCAUCUUAGGCAUGACAAGUGAUGUUAUAAUAAAAUGAUUUGGAUGCCUGAAACUUGUUCCAAUUUUCAAUCCAAAUAGUGUUUGGAAAUUACUAUGUUAACAAUGAUUUGUCCCACAAUAGGGCCACCCUCAGGGUGGAGGAGCAACAUCUUGUAUUCCAUGUGGGUAGCCUCCAACCCUGAUAGCAUGAAUAUCAAUUUCUUCUUCUAGUAAAAAACUACCUCCACUCCCCUCUUCUUCUAUUUCCCACUCUGGUUCCUUAGCUCUUCUCACCUGCCCAUCACCUCCCCCGGUGUCCCUCUUUUUUUGCUUUCUCCUGUGGUUCACUCUCUUUAACAAAUUUGUUUCUCUCCAGCUCUUUUCCUUUCCUAUCCAGCUGGCUUCACCUAUCACUUUCUAUCUAUCCAUUGUCCACUCCUCCCACCUGUUUACUCUGGCAUCUUCCCUUUUCCUUUCCAGUCCUGAUGAAGGGUCUCAGCCCAAAACGAUUGUCUAUUCAUUUCCAUAGAUGCUGUCUGACCUGCUGAGUUCCUCCAGCAUUUUGUGUGUGUUGCUCUGAAAAAUCUCUUCUAUUUAUAACUUCAAAUGAAAUAUUAUAUUUUAAAAGUUACCAAUAUCAUACUAUAAAAAAAAAACACUCAGCUAAUUCAUAUGUUACUAAUGUAGAAUCUUCAGGGUAUUUCACCAAGGAAUUAGUUUGUACACAUCUGAAAUUCUCAUUUGCUCUAGAUUCUCCUUGGCUCCUUUGAAGAAAGCAGCUUGUAUGAUAGAAUAAAUACUGAAUCACUGAGCAUACAUAGUUUAAAAUUACUACCAAAAUUUUAAAAUUUUUUGUACACAGAAAUUCCUGAGCUAGUGUGUUUUCUAGGUAUUACAGCAAAUGCAGGUCAUUUUUCUGUGAUUAUUAUUGGAAAUUCCAGACUAUGCAUCUCUCAGGGCUUCAAACAUGCCUCUAAGCAAAACAACAACUGAAGAUUGUGCCCUUUUAUUUCUUUGAGUUUAUGUUCAUGUGAGCAAAAGUUUAUCCCAUUCUCAAAGGUUUUUCCAACAAUUUAGAAGCUCCAAGAAUGUCUUUUUCCCCCAAAAGCAAUGUGGGCUAUCAAAGGAACUCACCAAACUGUUAUUAACUAGCUUUUCUUCACCGUAUUUCUACAUUUACUAAAUGGGGUUUUGACCUACUUUUGCUUAGAGUGGUGCAAUUUUAAAAGUUUGCUAAUAUUCCUUUUUUGAAGUUUGGUUUUUGGAUUUAGCAGUUUGUCAUCAUGUCCUCUAAUCCUUGCUCUCCACCAUCCUGCUCAAAGUGCUUCUCGAUUUCCAGCUUGAUUGUAAAUAAUUUUUCAAAUCAACAGGGAUUUAGUGUAUUUAGUUGAGUAAACAUUUAUUUCAUUGCAGGGGUGCUCUUUCCAUCUUGAUGCUUAGUGUAAUCUAUUAUAAAAUAAAAUGUUAAAUAUUCACUUUCCUACCAGUUCUCUCCCCCAUAAUCUGUAAUA